AUGACAGAGGCAGAGCCGAGUUUCAAGGACCCAAGAUGGUCUCUAAAGGGCGUGACCGCUCUUGUCACCGGUGGAACCAAGGGCAUUGGAUAUACUAUAGAGGAAGAGCUAGCUGCAUUCGGAGCGGCAGUGCAUAUUUGUUCCAGGAACCAAACAGAGAUCAAUGAUAGGGUACAAGAAUGGAAGAGUAAAGGGUUCAAAGUAAGCGGUUCAGUUUGUGACCUGACAUCAAAAGCUCAGCGGGAGGAGCUGAUAUGUGUGUGA